CACUCCAAGAUCGACGACGGUCCAGUACGAGGGAGCGUUCUCCCCAUUCGAUCGAUCACGAGCAUCGUAGUACGAACGUUUUGAAAAAGUGCGCUACUAUGAAGCCGAAGAAAUUGGGAAUAAUCGGCGGAUCGAUGCUCGCUUUCGGAGUGCUCUUCUGUGCAGUGAUCUUUCCUCCCUUUCUGAGAUCGCAAAUCAAGAAGCAAGUAGCGUUGAAAGACGGCUCUGAGAUGCGAGAUCUGUGGUCGAAUUUCCCUCUUCCCUUGGACUUUAUGAUUUACCUUUUCAACGUGACAAAUCCUACCGAAAUAAUGGCAGGAGGGAAGCCUAUUCUGAAAGAGAUAGGACCAUUCUUUUACGACGAGUACAAGCAAAAAGUGGACCUCGUGGACAGAGAAGAAGACGACAGCCUGGAGUACGGUUUGAAAGCAACGUGGUAUUUCAAUCCGUCGCGAAGCAACGGUCUGACCGGCGAGGAAGAGAUCGUGUUCCCUCAUGUUCUUAUCCUCAGUAUGAUUAAAGUUACCCUCAUGGAACAACCGGCCGCGAUCGGGAUUCUCAAUAAAGGAGUGGAUAGUAUUUUCAAGAAACCUAACUCGGUGUUCGUGAGAGCGAAAGUGAGGGAGAUACUUUUCGAUGGUUUGCCUGUGGAUUGCACUGUGAAGGACUUUGCUGGAUCCGCGAUUUGCAGCGUUUUGAAAACAAAGCCUGACGCUUUAAUACCGGAUGGCGAAGGACGUUAUUUAUUCUCCCUUUUUGGUCCUAAAAACGGGACCGUUCUUCCGGAGCGUAUACGAGUGCUGCGCGGGAUCAAGAAUUACAAAGAUCUGGGACGAGUGACGGAGUUCGAUGGGAAACCUGCGUUGUCUCUAUGGACCGCGGACCAUUGCAACGAAUUCAACGGCACGGACUCCACGAUCUUUCCGCCGUUGCUCACGGAGGAAGACGAUAUCGUCUCGUUUGCUCCUGAUAUUUGUAGAAGCUUGGGCGCCCAUUUCACCGAGAAAACCAAAGUUAAAGGUGUCAAUACGUAUCAUUACAAAGCCGACUUGGGAGAUAUGAGUACGAAUCCCAUGGAGAAGUGUUUUUGCCCUACACCGGACACUUGUUUGACGAAAAAUUUGAUGGAUCUGUUCAAGUGCGUGGGCGCACCACUGAUCGCUUCCUUGCCACAUUUGCUUGGAUCGGAUGAAAAGUAUCGGCAACUGGUCGAUGGACUUCACCCAAACGAGGAGGACCACGGGAUUUCCAUGGACUUCGAACCACUGACAGCCACCCCGAUAAGCGCGCACAAGAGGCUGCAAUUUAACAUGUUUCUACACCCUAUUGAAAAGUUCAAGCUGAUGAAAAAAUUUCCAGAAUGUUUGUUCCCGCUGUUCUGGGUCGAGGAGGGUAUACUACUCGACGAUCAGUUUGUGAAGAAAGUAAAGACGGUGUUCAUGGCGAUAAGCGUGGUUGGGUUUCUAAAAUGGUUGACGAUACUGGGUGGUAUCUGCGUGAGCGGUGCAGCUGCCGCGAUGAUCUUCAAGAACAGAGGCAAGGGUUCGUUGGACAUCACGAAGGUAACGCCGCAGUCGCAAAACGGGAAGGACGGGGAGCAAAAGAAGUGGCCUAAUCAGAUGAACAUUAGCACGAUACAGAGUGCAGCGGUACCGCCAAAUCUGGACGCGAAUUAGACACGAUUCGUUCACUUUCGUUCGCCAAUUCGAAGGAAAACGAACAGAUUUUCGGAUCAUGAAAGUAUCUUGGAUACGAGUUAGAAAAUCAAUGAUACCUGAAAUAUUGUAUAUUAAAUCGGGAAACGUAAUAGACGUUGGAGUUGCAGUGUUAGGUUUCUAUUGGAGAGAACGAUCGACGUGACGUGCCACAGGAGACGAUUUAGCAAUCGUUGAUAUUCGAAUCGUUAUCA